CAGUUUGAGUUCAACAUGUCAACUUUCCAGAAUAUCACGUCCUCCUCCAUCAUUUUCCUACUAACUGGUAUUCCUGGGCUGGAAGACUUUCACACCUGGAUCUCCAUUCCCUUCUGCUUUCUCUAUAUAACUGCCCUCUCAGGAAACAGUCUGAUUCUCUUUGCCAUUGUCACUCAGCCCAGCCUCCACCAACCCAUGUAUUAUUUCCUCUCCAUGCUGUCUACCACUGACCUCGGCUUGUCCAUAUCCACUCUGGUCACAAUGUUGGGUAUAUUCUGGUUUGAUGCCAGGAAGAUCAGUUUUAAUGCCUGCUUGUCACAGAUGUUUUUCAUUCAACUCUUCACUGUCAUGGAAUCUUCAGUGCUGUUGGCCAUGUCUUUCGAUCGCCUUGUGGCCAUUUCUAAUCCUCUGAGAUAUGCUUCUAUCUUAACAGAUCUUAAAAUAGCACAGAUUGGAGUAGCAAUCAUCACCAGAGGUACAUUAAUCCUAAUACCUGUGCAGGUGCUUCUUAAACGUCUAUCAUUCUGUCACAGCCACGUGCUGCACCACUCCUACUGCUUCCACCCUGAUGUGAUGAAGCUCUCCUGCACAGACACCAGGAUCAAUAGUGCAGUUGGGUUGACUGCCCUGAUCACUACUGCUGGGGUGGACUCCAUCUUCAUCCUCCUUUCUUAUCUUUUGAUUAUUAAGACUGUCCUCAGCAUUGCAUCCCCAGAAGAGAGGAAGAAAGCCUUUAGCACAUGUAUCUCCCAUAUUGGGGCUGUUGCUGUAUUCUAUAUCCCAUUGAUCAGUCUGUCCUUUGUUCACAGAUUUGGGAAAUGGGCCCCACCCUAUGUACAUACGCUGAUUGCCAAUGCCUACCUGCUGGUACCCCCUGUCAUGAAUCCCAUCAUUUACAGUAUGAAGACCAAACAGAUACGUAGGGCUGUGCUGAAAGUUCUCCAUCCCAGUGCAACAAAGAACUAG